UAAAUUGUAUUGGGUUUCGUCGAAUUUUAAUUUCGUUUGGUCAGUUGUUUACUUCUUUUACGAAAACUUUGGACUUUAGGUUUAGAUUUCCCAAGACGUAACCGCUUAAAUAAUUGCUUUUUAUUGCAUUUUAAUUAAAGUUUAUCAAAUUUCGGAUGAGGAAUUAGGGAUGUCUUGUUAUUCCUGUAUUUUCAUGGUAUGUCAUGAGGAUGAUUCGAUAAUUGGGGAAUUUUUGGAAGGUGGAUGCUGGGGAUUGAAAUAAAUAGGUUAAAAAGUCUUGAAAUUUGUUGUUUAUCAUUGAUAAAGCUCUUGUUUUUUUAUCAAAAUAUUGAAUUUUUUGUGAUAAUUUUGUUAUUUCGGGGCGGGGAUAGUUUGAAUCCGUUCUCUUUUUGGGGGUGUUAAAGUUUGAGUUUCUGGACUUCGGGCAAACCUUCCGUUAGGGACUCUGAUUGGGAGCUGUUACAGUUUAUCGGAAAGUGGCUACAGCCACAACCAUGGGGGGAGUCCCGACUGACAAUGUGGACUUUGUUGUCACCUUGGAUGCAGAGAGUAGGUCUUCUUCGGAGUAAGCCAAAAAACUAAUAGAGGAAAACGCUAUCUUUGUUAGUUCUGCCCUUCUAAUCUUCUUGUUCUUGAACCUUCUUCUUUCCCGUACUUCUUCUUUUAUCUGUAAUUUUCGCCUCAAACAUGGAAAUUAAUCCUCCAACUAAAUCAGUUGAAAUUAAAGAGAAAGACCUCUUCAAAGCUGCGGAGAAGGGCGAUUCUUCCAUAUUCAAAUCCCUCUCCCAAGACCACCUUACCAAGUCUCUUAAACUCCGGAAUGAAGACGCCCGAUCUCUUCUCCACGUCGCCGUCUCCUCCGCCCACCCCGAGGUGGUCAAACUACUGUCUGCCGCCGCUGAUGAAUCAGUUGUGAAUGGUAUCGAUGAAGAAGGUUGGGCUCCCAUUCACUCAGCCGCCAGCAUUGGUAAUUUGGAACUUAUGGAAAUCCUGUUGAGUAAAGGAGCAAAUGUUAAUGUAAAAAAUGAUGGUGGCCGCACCGCCCUUCAUUAUGCUGCUAGCAAGGGAUGGUUGAAGAUUGCUGAACUUCUGAUCUCUCAUGGUGCAAAGAUUAAUUCAAAGGACAAGGUAGGAUGCACCCCAUUGCAUAGGGCAGCUAGCACUGGGAAGUCGGCAUUAUGUGAACUCUUGAUUGAGGAAGGGGCAGAAGUUGAUGCUACCGAUAGAGCUGGACAAACUCCUCUGAUGAGUGCAGUUAUUUGCCAAAACAAGGAGGUACUCUCUUUGAGCUUUGAGAAACCGAGGUUUAAGGCUCAUGCUGCCCUCCUCUUAAUAAGACAUGGAGCGGAUGUGGACAUAGAAGACAAAGAAGGAUAUACUGUUCUUGGCCUAGCUUCUAACGAUUUUAGAUCGAUACUGAUCGAUGCUGCCAAGGCUAUGCUUGAAGGAUGAAUUUGACCAUGGGCACGUUGAUAGAGUGUGUUGUGCUGCUGACUAAAACCGUGUGUUUUCUGGAAAAAUCUGAAACUUAGGGGGGAGGAAAAAUACCACUUUAUUCAGUUCAUCUUGUGAGGAAUAUUUUGGAGUUGCACUUUAGUAGUAUUUGAGUAAUUAUUUUGUUUCAGUUUCCCCUUCGAUCUGCCUAUAGGUUGCGUUUUUAUUGGUUGGGCAUUGAACUGAACUUUUUGGUAGAUAGUCAAUGGACUUGCAUCUAAAUAUUAAGAGCCAAGGGUUAACACUAUGUUUUCAAAAUCGGACCGGUCAAUCCGAUUCAUUUUAAUGAAUUGCCUAGUAAGUUAUUUGGA